CUCAGUUCCGCUCAUCGCGACCUUCACAAAAUCCCCUGCUCAAUCCAAGAACCCCUGCUCAAUCCAAGAACCCUGAAAAAAGCCCCAAAUUUCCACAAAAAAAAGCCCUAGAAAUUUCCCCAAAAAUGGCAGCUUCAUCCUCAUUCAACCCCUUCGCUCUCAAAUCCCUCCCCAAAACACAAACCCCCUCCUCCUCCUCUCUCAAACCCCAGCAACGCCUCCUCUUCUCUCCCUCAACCCUCUCUUUCCCGCCAUCCAAAGCCCUAACCUCAAAACCCUCGCUUUCUUCCUCUCUCAUCCCCCGCGCCGCCGUGGACGACGACGAGUGGGGAAAGGAGCCAGAACCGGCGGGAAACGGCGAAUCUGGAGGAGUCGUGGUGGCCGAGAGCGUGGAGGAAGUGGUUGUGAGUGAGGUCGGGGAGCUGAAGAAGAAGCUGAAGGAGCUUUUGUACGGGACCGAUAGAGGGCUGAAGGCCUCGAGCGAGACGAGGGCGGAGAUCGUGGAGCUGAUCACGCAGCUGGAGGCCAAGAACCCGACGCCGGCGCCCACGGAGGCGCUUGCUCUGCUCAACGGCAAAUGGAUCCUUGCGUACACGUCAUUCUCACAGUUGUUCCCAUUGCUGGGAUCUGGAAGGCUACCAGAGCUGGUGAAAGUAGAUGAGAUAUCACAGACCAUUGACUCAGAAGCAUUUACCGUGCAGAACUCAGUCAAAUUUGCAGGUCCACUCGCCACUACUUUGGUCACAACCAACGCCAAGUUUGAAGUUCGGAGCCCUAAGCGUGUGCAGAUCAAGUUCGAGGAAGGCGUCAUCGGCACCCCACAGUUGACAGACUCUAUUACCAUCCCAGACAAUGUUGAGUUCCUAGGCCAGAAGAUCGACUUCUCUCCCCUCAAAGGUGUGAUCACAUCCAUCCAGGACUCUUACUCAUCGGUUGCCAAGACCAUCUCAGGCCAGCCUCCCCUCAAGAUCCCAUUCACCAACGACAAUGCUCAGUCUUGGCUUCUGACAACCUACUUGGAUGAGGAGCUCAGGAUUUCCAGAGGCGAUGGUGGCAGCGUCUUUGUGCUCAUCAAAGAAGGCAGCACACUGUUGGAUUAAUCAAGAGGUUUGGAUUCUAGUAACAGUUGAUAGACUCUAUCGUGAUUGUGUGAUGAUGUUUAAGCAUAUAAUGAUGAUGGUAUGUUUAUAUUGUCACCCCAUAUAUCUUAAGGAUGAGGGUAUAUCUGGUAUAUAAUGAUUAAUGGUAGUUGUUGUAAUCAUGUUAGUAUCUUGAGUGGGGGAAAUUUGAUAUUGUGGUAUAUUAAAAAAAUUGAUGUUGUGUAUAUAUUUUCACCCUACAUAUGAAUUGAAAGUUGAGAAGAAUAAUGGCAGUUCUUGUAAUCAUA